CUAUUAAUAGAUUGAAUGGAUUUCUUUAGAAAUUUAUAUUGUGUAGGCUACAGUAGAUAAUUAAAAUAUUUAUAUUGUGUGAUUAAAAUUAGGUAUCCAUUAUAUGUGUUAAGAUGAAACUCAAAUAAUUGUUCUCAAGUACUCUACCGAUGAGAGUAUUUCAAAUUUAAAUUCAAUGAGAUAAGUUAAAAUGUCAGUAUCUAUGACAUUUGAAGCAAACAAAUUACAAAAGAUUACUUCUAAAUGACUGGAAUCAAAAUAUGAAUAAUUUAUUCAGAUUUAAUCACGAAUCUGAAACUGAAUUAAGUUAUAGAGUUUUGAUAAAUUAAGAGCUAUUAUUAUAAAACAUGGUUUCAAAGUAUUAGUAGCCUAAUAUUAGUGGUGGAUCAAAAGAUUAACAAUUCCACUGUUUUUUAAUAAUUAUUGUUGGAUUAUAGAGUAUGGGUUGAAGCUAGGUACCUUGACCUAGUAGAAGAAAAUAGUAGAAAUUAAAAACCCUACUUUCAAAAGUUAAUUGCAUGAUUAAUGUCAGUCACUGUUAUUAUUAAACCAAUCUAAUAAAAUAAUUAAAUUAUGAAGUGUUAGGUAAUUGUAAUAGGCCUAGUAAUUAUGAAACACAGAACCUGUAAAGUAUGAAAAUAAGAUAGAUAGUUUAUAUAGGCUACUUAUUGACCUUGAACUGAACAAAUUUCUAAUUUGUGAAAUUAUAAACUGUUGAAAAAGGGCUAUUAUUAUAGAAUAUGUUACCAAUGUAGCCUAUUAGAAUCGAUUAUGAUAAAUCAAUAGUAAAGAAUUUAAUUCAAUUUUAUUUUUGAAAAAUUAUUAUAGGCCUAUGGGUAAAACUCACUGAUUUUAACUGUGAGCUGAAUGGGAAAAAAUAUAAGGUUCCUUAUAAGCAAAAAGUACUGGCGAAAUGGGCAUACAAUGUAUAAUAUGACUGUCCUAAUGAAGAAAAUGGCGACCCAGCGCUAUUCUCAGCGGAAUUGUCGGACUGUGUUUAUUGCAUACAAAGACUUGGGUUGGUUGUGUCAGGACUCUGAUGAGAAGUGUCUCACUCUAUCCAAACAGAACUUCAUUGCGCAACUGAUGAGACAGUUUCAGCGUUUCAUUACAUCAACUAAUCCUCAAUAUCUAGGUGAAGCAAGUGAGGAGACACAAGCAAGAGCUCUGCUCCUUCUGCUCAGAGUUGCCAACAGUGAUGCCCAGUUCUACUCUCAGUUUUUCUCGCGAGAACAAGAUGGUGUGCUAGCAUGCCAUCGCCAUGCAAAUCGGGCCUCCAUAUUCUCAAGGUAGAACAGCUGAAAUGUUUUUCGCCGAUAUACCAGCCCCACUAUUGUCCUGCGAAGAUGCUAGACGAAAAUGACCCAUCCAUGACAUCUUAUCUUGACGACGUACGAAUUUAAUUACUAUCGGUUUGAUGCUUUCUUUCUUCUUACUGGGAAGGCGAUGAGCAACACUUAUGUCUCUAGCAGUUAACUCACUUCCAAUCGUUUUUGAAAGCAUAUUAAAAACCUCAUUGACACAUUCGUUAUUUGUUUCUGUUAUUCCGGUAACCACAAUAUUAUCUCUAGAAGAGACCUAAGAUUGUAGGUCCGCAAUAUCUGUUUUCAGUUUUUCAUUAUCACUUUUCAAUUUUUCAUUGUCCUUUUUAAUUUUUUCAUUCUCCAGCUUGAUGGAUGUUAAAUCAUUUUUGAAACUUUCAAAUUCCUCCGAAAUGAAUUGAAUCGAUUUUUUAAACUCAGCGAAGUCAGUUUUGAAAUCUGGCGGCAACUCCGAUUGAAUCAGCUGUUUAACAACUUGGCCGAUCGCUUGAAGGUCAGCCUGUGAGAGAGUAGUUGUAGGCCUACUACUAGUAGAAGUGAAGGUAGACGGAGCGGCGGCACUCUGUGUUGACACCGCGACCCCCGCCUCAACCACAGUAGACAAUGCCGCUUUGUCACCCGCACUGGCGCCGUCUGCACUGCUUAUCUGCUUCUGCUGUUUACCCGCUACUGCCACCGACUUACACACUAUACAUUUCCAUUUACUUCUAGUGUCAUUUGACAUUUUACGAAAGUUUUUUUCGUUAAUAAGUUUACACACGAAAUGUAAAUAUUUUUUACAAACACAACAAAAAAUAAGGUCCUGUUCCGGAACAUCACUGUCACAUUUUGAACACUGCAUAAUGAUUUAAAUUGAUAAAAAACUGGUUAAUAACACGGAGCUGUUAACAAUCGAUGUUACUCAUUCAACUGCCAGAGGCGUACUGGCAAAUGUAAAAUUGUAUAAAUUAAUAAGGAGUGUUGAAGAUUGUGCUCAGGUACAACAGGAUCUUGAUAGAGUCCAUCUAUGGUGUCGUAGAAAUAAACUCAAAUUAAAUAUCUCGAAAACAAGUUUAUGGUUUACACGAGACAGGGGAAUUAUGAUCGUUACGCUUACUCAUUAGCAGGCAUUAAUCUAGAGUAUGUCAAUUGCAUUCGAGAUCUUGGAGUGUUGAUGGACUCGACUCUUGAUUUUAAAGACCAAUUUAAUCACACUCUUAGCAGUGCUAAUAGGCUACUUGGUUUUAUACCUCGUAAUUCAAAACCUUUUACUAGUUGUGAUGUAAGUAUAAAACUGUUUAAUGCACUGGUCCGGAGUAAACUUGAGUAUGCAUCUAUGGUGUGGGGUCCUGCUAAUGUAACUGAUAGCUACGAAAUUGAGAAGAUUCAAAAUAGAUUUCUAAGACACCUUUUCAUCAAGAAAUUCAGUAUCUUCUGUCCAUUCAAUUUUCCAACUAGUGAAUUGAAAUCCUUAUUUUAUAUCCGGUCAUUGCAGGUGCGAAGAUCAUUAAAUGCCCUAUUGUUGUUAUAUAAUAUUUUAAAUCAUUUACCAUAUUUUAUCAGCCGAAUUAAUUUCAGUGUACCAUAUGCAAGACCUAGAAGGAAUAUAUUGUUCGAGAUUCCCUUUGCUAGAACAAACCAUCAUUACAACUCAUUUCUUUAUAAAACCUUACGACUAGUUUAAUAGCUUGAAUGAACACAUUGAUCCUUUUUCGAACUCAUUCAAUGAAUAUAAGAAACAUUGUGAACUGAAUCUAUCAUAAGACAAGACGCUCGUUUUUGAGAUUAAUUGUUUUGUAAACUCUGGCUGGAACUCUCUUUUCACAUUUUUCUUUAUAUGAAUGUAAUUAAUUUGAUUAUUUCAACUGUGUAAAUGCUUUUUGCUUUCUUUUCUUUAUUUACAAUAUUUCAUAAUGUAUAUAAGUUGAAUUGUUGUUUCAUUUAAUUGUGUAAAUAUAUGGCUCUUUAUGGAUCUCUGUGAGCCUUUGUAUGUAAAGAAAAUGAAUAAAUAAAAAUAACAGUCUUCCA